GACGGGUCCAUCUCUAUGAUCCAGCUAUAAUUUAUAACAAAUAGCUGUGCACUCUCGGAUUUUACUUUCAAUUUGUUAAAUUUGUUGUUGCAGCAAUAUGCCACCAAAAAAGGCGCCUGCUCCUAGCAAAAAGACGGAGCAAAAGAAGAAGGAGAAAGUCAUUGAGGAUAAAACUUUUGGUCUGAAGAACAAAAAAGGCAACAAGCAACAGAAGUUCAUACAGCAAGUUCAGAAACAAGUGCAGGCCGGCGGACAUCAUCCACGAGCAGAUGGCGACAAGCGCAAGGAGGAGAAGGAGAAGAAGUUGGCCGAUCAGCGUGAAUUGGCCAUGAUCUUCAAGCCGGUGCAGGGGCAAAAGGUGGAGAAGGGCACGGAUCCCAAGUCGGUGGUGUGUGCAUUCUUCAAACAAGGAACUUGCACCAAGGGAGACAAGUGUAAAUUCUCUCACGAUCUGUCGCUGGAGAACAAGGUGGAGAAACGUUCCAUGUAUGUGGAUAUGCGUGACAGCGAAGAUGAUCCCAUGACCAACUGGGACGAUGCCAAGCUGAAGGAGGUGGUGGACAAGAAGCACUCGGCUGAAAAGCGACGCCCAACCACGGAAAUUAUUUGCAAAUACUUCCUGGAAGCUGUGGAGAAGUCCAAAUACGGCUGGUUCUGGGAGUGUCCCAAUGGGGAGAAGUGCAUCUAUCGCCAUGCGUUGCCUCCUGGCUAUGUGCUCAAGCGCGACAAGAAGAAGGAGGAUAAACCAACGGAGAUUUCGCUGGUCGAUCUGAUUGAGAAGGAACGUGCUGCAUUAGGUCCCAAUCAGACACGCGUCACGUUAGAGUCCUUCCUCGCUUGGAAGAAGCGUAAACUGCAGGAGAAGAAGGCGAAGCUGGCCGCCGAAGAGGAACGCAAGAAGAGCGACUUUAGCAAGGGUAAACAGUUUGGCAUUUCUGGUCGUGAAAUGUUCAGCUUCAAUCCCGACCUGGUCGACGAUGGACCCAUGGAGGAGGGCGAUGCUGCUUUCGAUGUCUAUAACCGUGAGGAUGAUGAUGAUGAAAAUGUCGUUGAAUUUAAAGAGCUCGAUUUGGCCGCUCUCUCGUUGGCCGCACAAGAAGUUGAUGGCUCUGGCACUGUGGCAUCCAGCACAAGAUUACUUGAUCAGGCCGAAGAAGCAGCCAAAACUGCUGCAGCCGAGGAUGCAGCGGCUGCGGCAACCAGCUCUGUCGACAGUGCGCCCGCGAUUAACAAAGAUUUGUUUACCGACUUGGAUUUGGCAGGCGAAUUGGAUGAUUUAGAUCUUGACGAUGACGAUGAUGAUGAAUGAGGAGAGUUCAACGAGAAGAGCAACUAAUAAUGCUUUGUUAUAGUUUGAUAUUCAAUUGCAUAACGUUCAUAAAAUGAUUUUUGCCUUUAGCAACUUUCGAUCAAUAAAAUUGUGGCUUAAAAAUGCUAAGAGCCUUCGCCAGUUCACGAUAAUUGAGAAAUUUUAACAAAACAAAAUACGAUUUAAUACAUUUAUUAGCUAAAUAAGUUAACACAUAUGCCCAAGAUCAAGCGAUUGUCAAGUUUGGGAUACAUUAUUCAGAUACAUUCAAGUGGAUCUCCUUUCGCAAAUAUCUUGUCCAUAGCUUGCUCAUUCCAACGAUUGACGCGUCGACAUAUUUGAACAGCUUCAUUAAUUUCCGUUCCGCAUGCAAGUGUUCUUGCUCGAUCCAAAAUGUAUUCUAUUUUACGAGCUCGCGAGUUAUAAAAUUGAUUAAACUUUCGGGCAACAUUAAUAUAAGGUUCCUUCUGCUUGUCUGACAAACAUUUCCAAAGAGAUCCAGCCACCGCACUGCUCUCGUAGGCCGACAUUGGAUCAUCCGAGUUUGCGUCGACUUUACGAAAGUGUUGCAGGAAAAUCAAGAAUGGAUUUCGACAAUAGCGUAAGCUGCAAUUUUUGUAAUUUAUGCCUUUUAAGAAGUUAUCUUUUAUUCUAGUCCGUCGAACCAUAUUGUUUUUUGUUAAACGAUACAAUAUAUUAACAGGAAAUUUUGUUUUGUAGACUAAAA